GGAGGCAAGUUUCAUAUGCCUUCUAUGCAUCUUCCUGACAUGAAAGCAAAGGAACCGCAAGCCAACUUAAAAGGUCCUGAAAUUGAUGUUGAUAUCAAGGGUCCAGAUUUAAAAGGAGGAACAGGUGGAAAGUUCCACAUGCCAACUCUUGACAUAAAUAUGCCCAAAUUUGAUCUGGACCUAGGCCUUCCAUCUGGGUCAAAGAAUAAAGGUCUUAAAGUCGACAUCAGUGGACCUGAUGCAUCUGGAGAUUUGGAGAUGUCGGGUCUGAAAGGUAAUCUCAAACCAGCCCAAUUGAAGGUUAGGACUGAAGAUGUAGAAGGUCCAGGUGCAUCAUUGAAACUUCCCUCAGUCAAGCUACCAACAGUUGACAUCUCAGCCCCAAAAGUGGAUCUAGACUUUGGCCUUAACAAACCUAAAGGUGAUGAUGUUGAAGUUGAACUUUUGAAAGCAGAGGGAGGAAGACCUUCUUCAGGUGGUAGCUUUGAUUUGCCUGAUGUCUCUCUCAAAGUGCCUAGUUUCACUUUCCCCCGGUUUGGUGUAAAGUCAAAGAGUGGUGAUUUGGAGGCAUCCGGACUCAAGGGAGAUAUUUCCCUCCAUCCGCCAAAUGUCGAAGGAGAGAUGAGGGCACCAUCAGUGGAAUUUGAUGGGGAUGGAAAAGUCAAAAUGAAGAAAGCAAAAAUAAAAAUGCCUUCAUUUGGAAUAUCUAAAAAAGAUACCGAUGUAUCAGUGUCUUGUCCUGAUGUUGAUGUUAACCUGAAAAAAGGAAAAGCUGACCUUCCUCACCUGGAUUUCAGGACUGAGAGCCCAGACAAGGCAAAACAUAAAGUAAAGUUUCCAAAGUUCAAAAUGUCAUCUCCAAAGGUUCAACUUCCAGAAGGAGAGGUUGAUGCUAAAGGGGAAGCUGAAGUGGAUAGAAAGAGUGGCUUUCACGCACCUGAUGUCACUCUCAAGUUACCAAAGUUCUCAAUCCCAGGAUUUGGCUCCAAGGAAAAAGAUUUAGGUAAACCAAGUGGUGAACUUAAAGCCCAGGGCAAAGUCAAGAUGCCUUCUGUUGAGCUGUCACUCCCAGAGGCUAAAACACCAGAGAUGGAGGUUCUUUUACCUAAAACAGAAGUUGAUGUUUCAGAAGCAGAUAUCAAAGGCUACGAAGGAAACCUUAAAAUUCCCAAAAUGCCUCAGAUUGAUGUUUCUAUUCCCAAAGUAGACCUUGAUGCGUCUUUCCCAAAAGGUAAAUCCCAAGAGAUUGAAGGAUCAGGUAUGGAGCUUAAAGGAGGUGACAGAAAAUUCAAAAUGCCUCAAGUAACAUUGCCAACAUUAGAUGUGAGUCUUCCUAAAGGAAAACCUAAAGAUCUCAAUAUACCUAAAACUGAAAUAGAGGGUGAUGGAGGGACGUUUAAAAUGCCUUAUGUCAAAAUGCCCACUGUUGAUAUAACUGUAUCAAAGGCUGAUAUUUCACUGCCAAAAGCAAAAUUGGAAACCCCUGAAAUUGAAAUAGAGGGGACUACAGAGCAAAAGUUUAAAAUGCCCAGGGUUGACAUCUCUCUUCCAAAGGGUAAACUCCAAGGGAACGAGGCAGCUGAAAUGGAUGGAGAAAGAGGAAAAAUCAAAAUGCCUCACAUAAAGAUGCCACAUGUUGAUAUCUCUCUCCCCAAGGGAAAAAUUGAAGGUCCAGAUGUGGAAAUCAAAGGAGAAGGGGGAAAAUUCAAGAUGCCACAAAUCAGCAUGCCGUCUGUUGAUGUUUCACUCUCUAAAGGAAAAGUUGAAGGUCCAAAUGUUCAGAUAGAGGGCACGUCUGAAGACAAAGUCAAAUUACCUCAAUAUAAAAUGCCAAAUGUUGAGGUUGUUCUGCCCAAGGGACAGAUUGAAGGUCCCAAUGUAGAGCUUAAAGGAGAAAAGGGAACUUUUAAGAUGCCCCAGAUUGGUAUACCAUCUGUUGAAAUAACCCUUCCUAAAGGAAAGGUUGAAGGUUUAGAUAUUGAAGGCGAUGGAGGAGCAAAAUUCAAAACGCCGUAUGUAAAAUUGCCAUCAGUUGACACAUCCGUAUCUAAAGGAAAAACUGCUGACCCAAAUUCUGGAAUUACAGGAAAUUUGGGAGGAAAAUUCAAAGUGCCUCAUGUAAAAAUGCCAAAUGUGGACUUCUCAGUCAACAAAGGAAAAGCUGGUCCAGAUGUGGAGAUUGAGGGUGAAGGUGGAAAGCUUAAGAUGCCACACUUUAGUAUGCCUUCAGUUGAUAUCAUUACCCAAAGGAAGAAUUGA